AUGCCUCGUUUUCUCGCCAGUUUACCAAGAACUAUAUAUUACGGUCACGUGACAUUACCCCAGGAAAUCCCCGGUAACUCCCGGCGCAUCAUCGUCUUCGGUUCCCUUUUUGUGUUCGCUAAGUCGCUUUCCAGCUCGCACGUUCAUGACUCAAAAUUCGGAUGGCUUAUCCGGACUAGUCCUAAUUGUGAUGCUCUUUGUGAUAUAAUCUCCUCCGGUGAAGUCGCCAAUCUCUAUACUUUCAAAUAUGUUUGCCAAGCUCGUGGAGAUAAGUUGCAAAAGACAGUGUCAUGUAUGCCGCUCUGUGCAAGGUGGUCCGUGAACGUGGUUUCAAAGUCGCGUCGCUACAGUCACUGCUGUAACCUGUUCCAGAGCGUUCCGUGCGGAACUGGAAUCUAUGCGUUCAUGCUGACAGCUGUGCUAUCUCUUCCGAAACAAUUCGUGACUGUCCAUAUUGGUGUGGGUGUGAUGCUUGAAAGUGACGCGAACUCAUCUGGCGCUUUCACUAGCAGGAUUAUUGGUGACGUAGUUGCUAUCACACUUCUGGUGGCUGUUGUUGCAAUGUGGUAUACCAACAAGGCAGUGAGCAAAGUGAAGCCAAAAGUCAUGCAGGAGCGUCGAAAGUCCCGUCUACCGCCAGGCCGCAUGCAAGCAAAGGUCGUCACGCAGUAA